UUCUGCGCCUCGGGCUCUCACCGGGAGCGCAGACACCGCCGGGCGCACUGCUCGCCGCCGCUGGAGCGCUGAGGAGCCCGGCGUGCGGGGAUUGGGGCGCGGCCGCAGGCUCCGCCCGUCCGCCCGCCCGCCCGGCUUGGGAGAGCGAAAUGUCCUCUGGGGACUCACACCAGGAGCAGCUGUCUCAGUCAGAUCCGUCCCCAUCCCCGAACUCUUGUAGUUCCUUCGAACUCCUAGACAUGGAUGCCAGCAGUUCCUAUGAGCCCGUUUCUCCUCAUUGGUUUUAUUGUAAGGUACUAGAUUCCAAGGAGCUCUGGAUCCCUUUCAACUCUGAGGAUUCACAGCAGCUAGAAGACGCAUAUGGCUCUGGAAAAGAUUGUAAUGAGAGGAUUGUUCCCACCGAUGGGGGCAGAUAUGAUGUUCAUUUAGGGGAGAGGAUGCGGUACGCUGUGUACUGGGACGAGCUGCCAUCGGAAGUGAGACGGUGUACGUGGUUUUAUAAGGGAGACAAAGACAAUAAGUAUGUCCCCUACUCGGAGAGCUUCAGCCAAGUUUUGGAGGAUACGUACAUGCUUGCAGUAACUCUGGAUGAAUGGAAAAAAAAACUAGAAUCUCCAAACAGAGAAAUUAUUGUAUUACACAACCCAAAGCUCAUGGUGCAUUACCAGCCAAUUGCAGGGUCUGAUGAAUGGGGUUCAACAUCUACUGAGCAAGGUCGGCCAAGAUCAGUAAAAAGAGGUGUCGAGAACAUCCCUGUUGAUAUUCACUGUGGGGAACCUUUACAAAUAGAUCACUUAGUGUUUGUCGUCCAUGGGAUUGGCCCGGCUUGUGAUCUUCGUUUUCGAAGCAUUGUUCAAUGUGUUAAUGAUUUUCGAAGUGUUUCCUUGAACCUUCUCCAAACACAUUUUAAGAAAGCCCAAGAGAAUGAGCAGAUCGGAAGGGUGGAGUUUCUUCCAGUCAACUGGCACAGUCCUUUGCAUUCUACGGGUGUGGACAUAGAUCUGCAGCGGAUAACCCUACCCAGUAUCAAUCGCCUCAGACACUUCACUAAUGAUACAAUUCUGGAUGUCUUCUUCUACAACAGCCCCACCUACUGUCAGACUAUUGUGGACACAGUAGCUUCUGAAAUGAACCGAAUAUAUACACUUUUUCUGCAGAGGAACCCUGAUUUCAAAGGGGGUGUAUCCAUUGCUGGUCAUAGUUUAGGUUCGCUUAUAUUGUUUGAUAUCCUAACAAAUCAGAAAAAUUCUAUUGGGGAUAUUGACAGUGAAAAGGGUUCAUUGAGCUCUGCUGAGGAUCGAGGCGAUGCAUCAACGUUAGAAGAAGAACUGAAGAAGCUUCAACUCUCUGAGUUCGUCACUGUCUUUGAGAAGGAGAAAGUUGACAGAGAAGCUCUGACUCUAUGUACAGACAGAGAUCUUCAGGAAAUGGGGAUUCCCUUAGGACCCAGAAAGAAGAUACUGAACCAUUUUAGUGCCAAGAAGAAUUCAAUGGGUAUUAAUAGACCAGCCAUGUCAGCCUCUGAAGUAAACAUCCCCAAGGAAAAUGGUGACUAUCUGGAUGUUGGCAUUGGGCAGGUGUCCGUAAAAUACCCCCGGCUCAACUACAAACCAGAAAUAUUUUUUGCCUUUGGAUCUCCCAUUGGAAUGUUUCUUACUGUCCGAGGAUUAAGAAGAAUUGAUCCUAAUUAUAAAUUUCCCACAUGCAAAGGUUUCUUCAAUAUUUACCAUCCAUUUGAUCCUGUGGCAUAUAGGAUUGAGCCAAUGGUGGUCCCAGGAAUAGAGUUUGAGCCAAUGCUGAUCCCACACCAUAAAGGCAGGAAGCGGAUGCACUUAGAACUGAGAGAAGGCUUGACCAGAAUGAGUAUGGACCUGAAGAACAACUUGCUGGGAUCACUGAGGAUGGCCUGGAAGUCUUUCACCAGAGCCCCAUACCCUGCCUUACAAGCCUCAGAAACUGCAGAAGAAACUGAGGCAGAACCCGAAUCAAGUUCAGAAAAGUCCAAUGAAGCCAACACGGAGGAGCCUCCGGUGGAAGUUAAAGAAGAGGCUCCCAUCAAUGUGGGCAUGCUGAAUGGAGGCCAGCGCAUUGACUACGUGCUGCAAGAGAAGCCCAUUGAGAGUUUCAAUGAAUAUUUAUUUGCUUUACAGAGCCAUCUAUGCUACUGGGAGUCUGAAGAUACAGUACUGCUGGUCCUCAAAGAGAUCUACCAAACCCAGGGCAUCUUCCUUGACCAGCCUUUACAGUAAAAGUGACCCGUCUGUGACUGCUUAAUAUGGACACUGAGGGAGACUGUCCUGAAAACCCACACGCUUGUUGCUGCAGCUUCCUUCUCAGCUACCUUGUGUCCUGCAUGCUGCCUGCCUCACUCCACAGGAUCUUCCCAAGAGAAUCCUCUUUGGAGACUACUGGAAAGCCGAGGGGUGACUCGCUGCUCUGUAUGAACGCUCAGCAGGUUUUGUAGCUAGGGUGUUUACAUAUCCUAAUGCUUUAACAGCAGCACUUCCUUGUUAAUGAAUAUAGUCUGUUUAGGGGGUUGGGGGGGUUACUCCUUACCCUUAGAAAGUGCACUGGUGGGAGUAUGUUACGAUGUAGAGGUGCUUCGGGUCCGGUCACUCUGUGUCCUCUGUGCUGGAGGGCUAAGCAUAAAUGGCUAUGGAAGAGCUGCUAGCUUUUGAGCCAGCUUUUCUUUCCUGUAUGAUAUGAAGAUCAGACAGACGCUUACUAAUAAUCCAGUUUGCUCUGAGCACUGUCAUGUAGGUGUACUGCAGGAACCACUGGUGCUGGUUGGUGUUCUUACAACUGCUUCAGCUUCUAAUCCUGAAGGUUGGAUUAACAGUAUGCCUGCUCUUUUAUACCAUAUUCCAAGCCAGGGGUGAAGUUGAGGACAUUACUAGGUAAUACUUAUUUUGAAGGUCAACCUGAAAUUACAUGGGCCUUCCCUGCUGUUCAUGUUGUAAAAGUCUUUUAGUAGCACCGAUUUAAGUCACCUGCUCCUUCCACUUGAGUAAAGGAAGUAUUGUGACAUAAAUGUCACAGCUUUUAUUUAUUUAUUUUAUUUUGGUUUUCCGAGACAGGGUUUCUCUGUGCAGCCCUGGCUGUCCUG